AUGAACCCAAUGGAAUUAGCUAAACAUAUGACAAAUCAUACAGCUGUUUUAUCAGCUCUGGGUUAUCCUGGUCUUUCAAUAUGGCCAAUAACGUUUUAUGAAGAUUCGAUUAAAUCAAUAGUGUUAGCGAUGCGUAAUGCAAAUAUUAAACGAUUUAUAGGUAUAACUUCAACGUAUUCAAAAUAUCAAUCAAUUUAUCCGUUUAUGAUUCGAUAUUUGAUUCGUCCAAUAAUAAGCCGUACUCUUGAUUCCAUGUUUAACAUGGAACAAUAUCUUGAAAAAGAAUGUCAAGAUUUAGAAUAUACAAUUAUUCGACCACCUGGUUUAACUAAUAAUUCGAUUAUUGAACAAGAAGUUAAAGUAUGUGAAAAUGAUUAUUAUUUUCCUGAUCAAUCCACAGUAAUUAGUAUACCACGAGCAAAUGUGGCUCGUUUUAUGCUAGAUAUAUUAAAAGAUAACAAAUAUAUUCGUCAAGGUAUUGCUAUUGGAAUGCCAAAAAAUACGAACUAA